UUAGCUAAAACCAACCUUUUUCUCUUGCAACUGCGUCCAUGGCCUUCCACGGAGCUUCUUCGUCUUCCUCCUCUUCUUCCAUUCAGGAAUGGGAUGUGUUCUUGAGUUUUAGAGGUGAAGAUACUCGUACAACUUUUACUGCCCAUCUAUAUGAUGCUUUGCACCGAAAGGGAAUCAACACCUUCAUGGAUAAAGAGAUUAGAAGAGGAGAGGAAAUUUCACCAGCAAUUUUCAAAGCCAUUGAAGAUUCAAAGAUUUCAAUCAUUGUACUCUCUAAAAACUAUGCAUCAUCCAGCUACUGCUUAGAUGAGCUAAUGAAGAUCCUUGAGUGUAGAAGAACAAGGAGGCAGAAGGUUCUAUCGUUGUUCUACCAUGUAGAUCCGUCAGAAGUGCGUCAUCAAACCAAUAGUUUUGGAGAAGCAUUCGCUGAACUAGAAGAAAAGUUCAAGGAUGAUGUAAUGAAGGUGCAGAGGUGGAAGACAGCCCUAAAAGAAGUGGCCGAUUUGUCUGGGAUGCCUUUGGGGAACAAGAAUGAACCUGAAUUUAUUCACGAAAUCAUUGGAUGGGUGAAUUCGAUAUUAGCAAGAAAGACAUACUUUCAAGUUGCCAAGUAUCCAGUUGGAAUAGAGUUGCACGUAGAAAAUGUGAAGUCGCUUUUAGAUAUAGAGAAGAGGGACCGUACUUACAUGCUAGGGAUCUUUGGAAUUGGUGGAAUUGGUAAGACAACUAUCGCAAAAGCCGUCUACAACUCGAUUGCUUCACAUUUUGAAGGUAGUUGUUUUCUUGAUAACAUUAGAGAAACUUUUGGCCAAAAGGGUAUGAUCCAUUUGCAAGAGAAACUUCUUGAUAAGAUUCUAGAAAAUUCCAGUCCAAUGGUUGACAAUGUCGAUCAAGGAAUUACUUUGAUAGGGCAUAGGCUUCACCUAAAAAGUGUACUUAUAGUUCUUGAUGACGUAGAUCAUCUAGACCAAUUAGACAAUAUAGUUGGAGAAGGUGAUUUGUUUGGUUUAGGAAGUAGAAUCAUUAUAACAACAAGAGAUAAAGAUUUACUAAGUAAGCAUCAAGUUUUAACCUACAAGGUGAAAGAAUUGGAUGACAGUAAAGCUCUUCGACUGUUUAGUUGUCAUGCAUUCGGUAGAGACAAACCUGAUGAUGGAUAUGUGGAAGUCACAAAAGAUGCAGUAUGUUAUGCUGGAGGAUUGCCACUAGCUUUAGUGGUGCUAGGCUCGACAGUAAAAGGUAAAGAUAUACUUUAUUGGAAAAGUAAAUUGGGCGAGUACAAAAAAAUUCCUCACAUUGAUAUUCAAAAAAGACUUAGAAUAAGUUUCGAUGGAUUGGAUGAAAAUGCAAAGAAUAUUUUCCUUCACAUCGCAUGCUUCUUCAAUGGAAAGAAUGUAGAAUAUGUCAAAAAAAUGCUACUCUAUUGUGGUUUCCACUCAGAUAGUGGUAUCGAAGAGUUAAAGGAUAAGUGUCUCAUAACUCAGUCAUUUUUGGGAUUAUUGGUGAUGCAUGAUUUGCUGCAAGAAAUGGGUAGAGAAAUUGUUCGACUUGAAUCACCCAACGAACCUGGUAAACGUAGUAGAUUAUGGUUUCAUGAAGAUGUUCGUCAUGUCCUAAAAGAACAUACGGGAACAAACAAAGUUGAGGGCAUAUUGAUAGAUUUUCCUGCGCCAGACCUGAUACACUUGAGUCCCAAAGCUUUCAAGAAGAUGAAAAGGCUCAGAAUGUUUAUAAAUCGUAAUGCACGCUUUUAUGGAGUGCCUAAUUUUCUCCCUAAUGAGUUAAGAUUGCUUGAUUGGCCUGAAUAUCCUGGAGAAUCUCUGCCAUCCAAUUUUUGUGGAGAGAACCUUGUUGAGUUAAAUAUGCGUUAUAGCUACCUCAAGGAAUUGGAGGGACUCCAGGAUUUUUCCAAGAAGCCUCAAGUUGAGAUCUUUAGAACGUCUUGUCAUUGGGGGUUGCUCAAGGCUCAAGAACUUUCCUGAAAUUGAGUGUCAAAUGGAACGUAUAGAGUAUGUCAAGUUUGUAGUUACUGGUAUAGAGGAAUUGGAAGGA